AUGUCGCACAUGUCUUCGGACGACGCAAUGGAUUCGCAGCAGUAUUCGCUCAGCUGGAACCAUUUCCACUCCAACCUGAGCAUUGGUUUCCAAUCUCUGCUGCGAGAACAAGACCUAGUGGAUGUGACACUGGCUGUGGAUGGCAAAUAUUUCAAAGCACACAAGAUGGUGCUGUCCAUUUGCAGUCCCUACUUCAAGGAGUUGUUUCAAGUCAAUCCAUGCAAGCAUCCAAUUGUUGUAUUACAAGAUGUACAACAUCGUAUUCUCAAAUGUCUGCUGGUGUUUAUGUACCAGGGUGAAGUAAAGGUGUGCCAGAAUGAUUUGGCAGCUUUCAUGAAACUAGCUGAAGCUCUUAAAGUAAAGGGACUCACUGAUGGUGGUAUACCAGAAGAAAAUGAAAAGAAACCAGAGGCAGUAUAUCAUAAAGAUAAAAAAGAAACAAGUACAAAUGGAUUAUUUCCUGCCUCAACACAAAUCGAUGACCGUAUGUCUCGAUCUAGACCAAUCCGUCCAAAAAUAGUCAAACCUGUUGAAGUUGACACAUUAAAAGCUCCACCAACUGUAACUCCGCCAUCAACCUCAUCAUUACCAAAUAAAAGACCUAAACUAGAGUAUGGUGAAGACUAUGAUUCGUCCGACUUCAUCGAACCGCAAAACAACAAAAAAUCCAAAGAUGCUAAAUUACUGGCGCUGCGUUUGGAAGCGCUGCAGGCUCAACAGCGAUUAAUCGCACAUCAAAUGAUGCAGAAGCAGGAGAUGAAGCAAAAGAAGCUACUUACACAUGCGCACACCACACCAUUACCAUCAUCAUCAACAAAUGUUCAAAAUCCACGCGGUGAUGAACACAAUUUGCUGGUUCCAUUGAAAGAAGAACCUUUUGACGUGGACGCUACUCAAAACGAUAUGAUUUUGGAUAUGAGCUCAAUCGUGGCGACAUCUCUAGGUGACGAAAGCGAAACGGAGGGAGCACUUAAGACUGAAACAGGGGAUGCAGCAACACCAGGUCGAGUGAUGCUGCUCAAGAGUAGGCGGGGCCUGCCGGUGCUGAUUCACGACGGCCAUAUUUACACCAAGCACAAAGUGGAGCCAACGCGCACGUUAUGGUUGUGCGUGAAGCAGCGCAAUUUGCAAUGCGGCGGAUGUUUGACCACUGGGAUAACUGUGCAGAAUGUUCUUUCUUUUAGCGGGCACAAUCAUCGACAGUUGCAUGAUAUUAUUAAGCGGUUACAAACGGCGGGUACUACGCUGGGCAGUGGGAGUAGUAAUUGUGGCAGUAGUAGUAACAGCAGUCCUAGUCAUAGCCAUGAUCGGCACGAUUUUUCGCUGGAGCCGACGGAUUUAUCGCUGCCUUCGACGCAAUCGUCGCAGUCGUAACAGUUUCACACAAAGUGUCUUUUAUAAACGAAUCAAACAUACCCGGAUGCUUAAUAGCCUUAAUACUUAAUACCAUUUGUAUUUAUUUAAUUUAUUGUUACGUAUGUUAACUCAUUGUCGUUAAAUUAAUCUGUUUUUUGAAUUUUUUAUUAAUUAUACUUGCGUGAUAUAAAAUAUCAGUAAUAUACCCCCUUAAAA